AUGCCACGCCGAACCCAUACCAAGUCAAGGCAUGGCUGCAAGGACUGCAAGCGGCGUCAUAUCAAGUGCGACGAGACCCAGCCAGCAUGCAACAACUGCCAGCAUGCCCGCAUUACUUGUACUUAUAUCAGAUUCACCCCUGCAUCCAACUCCACCACCACUACCACUACCACUACUACUACCACCAAGGCCACUGCCACUUCCGCCUCGCCCUCGGCAACCACACUGACUCCACCAUCCGAAAACGUCCUCUCGCCCCAUAAUGACAGCUCCAACGCCUCGCCGGACCUUCAAAUCGACCAUCUGCACCUGCUGAGUCACUUCCUCCUCGAGGCGGGGCCUCAGUCUGGCAUGGGCGUGUACCUCGUCGACACAGAAGUCUACAAGCUAUUCAUGGCCAAGGCAACAUCAGCGCCAUAUCUCAUGUACGAGGUGCUUGCGUUCGCAGCACUGCACCUGAGCCGCUCCGGCAGCGCCUCCCAGAGCAAGCACUACCGCAGCGAGGCCGUCCGUCUCCAAACCCAAGCACUCGCCGCCUUCCAGGACUCGGUCGCGGCAGCAGACAGCCGCGAAGGCGUGUCGAUGCUGCUCUUCGCCUCGCUGCUGAGCAACCACACGCUGGCCGACAUCGUGCGCCCGGACCGGGUGGAGUCGGACGUAGACAUGGACAUGGACAACCUCGCCACGCCCGAUUUCCUGGACAAGUUCAUCGACUACAUGAAUGUGCACCGCGGCGUGCGCGCCAUCGCCGGUACGUCCUGGGACGACAUCUCCACGAGCGAACUCGCGCCGCUCAUCGCGCGGGCGACGGCAGAACUGAGCACAGGGGAAAACUCACCGGGCGGCGAGACGGCGUUCCUGGACCCUCUGUGGGGCUUGCCGGACGCCUCUGGGGACUUGGACGAGAGCGCGCGCACGGCGCUCAAGGAGGCCAUCCGUAACCUCCAUCUCGUCGCCGUGGCAGAGAAGCACUACCAGGCGCGCAAGGCGACCGAUGCCGAAGGCGUGAAGUCGUCCCCCUCGUCAUCGUCCUCAUCGUCGUAUUCGCAGCGGAGCAUGCUCUUCAACUGGCCCGCGCUUCUCACGGACGAAUACUCCGCCCUCCUCACGCAGCGUAAUGCGCAGGCGCUCGUCGUGCUUGCGCACUAUGCCGCGCUCCUGCACCCGUACUCGGAUGUGUGGAUUGUGGGAGAUGCUGGCAGGAUGCUGGUGCGGCCUAUUGCUGACAGAUUGGGCCCCUCGUGGGUGUCUUGGCUGGACUGGCCGCUUGCUGUUGUGGGAUCUGUGACUUGA